AUGUCUCCAAAAGCCCCUGUAGCUCACACUGACAAGGCGCCUUACUUCUCUUCCACUGCCAUGAAUACUGUGGACCAGUGUCCUGUCCAAGAAGACCCCGGGUUUCAUUGGCAACACCAAGCACUGAAUCGUCCUAAAAUUAAUGACUUUGCAGGGAAGCAGCAAGAGAAAAAGCCGGGUCAAGCCAAACAUCGUCUGCCAAACCUACCAAUGUCAGCUCAAGGCAGCCCAAAGAAACUAUCCGACGAAUUGCCCAUAUUGCUCAAUGCAAGGUACUCCAAGGACAACUCUCGAGGGGACCGCCCAACAAAUAUCACCAAUAUAAGAAAAGACCAAGGCCAACCCCGUCCAUCAUCCGUCAGUACUUGUGGUGAUUUAGAAGGUCCAUACCGUGUCACACCCAACAAGUCACGUCAUCCACUCAGUGACGAGCACCAUGAAUUGAUUCCUCAGCCAGAAGAGCUUUUUGGUGCAAAUGCUUACGAUGGAGAUUUUGCCCAUCGUUCGGGGUCCCGCACGAGCAACAUCUCCAGAAAGAGAAGCGGCAUAAACAAGCAUCGAUCUCAACAAGAACCUGGACGAAAGAAGAUGCUUAUGCAACAAGUCGCACAGUACUGGAACGAGUGUAUCAAUAUUGCGGAAGAGGAGAAGGCUCAGGCUAGACUGGAAAUAGACCAACUACGAGAAGAUCUUCGUCGACAGUACGUCAAGUUAACGGAAGCUCGCCAUCAGUUAGACAAUGAACAGGCCGGGCGCAAGGACUCUGAGAAAAAAUUAAAGCAUUCGGAAGAGAAGGUUGCAGAGGUUCUACUCGAAAACUCGACGUUAUCACAGAGGCUUUCCACCAUGCAAGAAGAAUUACGCUCGACGAAAGAACGAGACGCUAUUCUCACCGAAAAAUCCAGGACCUAUCGCACAAAACUCAACGAGGCCAUCUUGGAACAGCAACGAUUAUUUCUACAAGCCAAAGAGUUCUAUCAUGAUUCGAUCCAAGAACUUCGGCAGGAAAAUGAAACACGAGUAGCUGAGUCAAAGGCAAUCGAUACAGCUCUCACCAAUAGUCGCGAGAAGAGAGAGCAAAUGAGACACUGCUUCGACGAAUUGCGAUCUGGCCUAGAGAAAGAAGUAGAAGCCAGAGGUGAAGAGAUUGCGCGUCUCCAGGAAAGAAUAUCGGCUCAGGAGCAAGCUCUUUGUACCGAGAGGCAAAUUUCAAGCGACCUACGGAACCAAAUCAUGUCGGUAAAACCACUUCAAAGCGAUGAGGCACGAGAUUUAGUAAACACUGUCAAGUCAUUGCACGAAUCGAUCUCUGCAAAUACUGUUGAUCAGGCUCAGCAGCUUGAGCUAUCUGAGAGCGUUUGUCGCAGACUACAAAAUCUCGAAGUGCUAGUGAAGGGCCUUGCAAGCAAUGCGUCCAAGGAGAUUGGCAUUAGCUCCUUGGUGGAAGGUCUCCAUGAGCUAAUCUCAACAGAUGUAUUCUCUGCACUUGCCGAUAUUGGUGGCGCACAAAGCUGCACAUAUGAGACGCUCGUGGGUACCAGAAAUGACUGCCAGGCGGAACUCGCAUUUAUGCGUACUGCAUUGAGCGACUUAACUAAGCAGCAGACAAAUAUGCAAGGCCAAUUUGCAGCUGAAAUCUACGACUCUAUCAGGAAACUUGACACUGUGCAUGGUGAUGUCACUUCAAACCGGGAGCUUUGCCAGCAUAUUGGUGAAGAAAUGACCACCUGGUUUACUAAAGAGCGGGACGUCAUCAACGCGGAGCGAGAUUCAUGGAAAAAAGAUGUUGUUCGUCUGCUAAAUGAAGGUAAUGACAGGACUGAGGACUUGGAGAAAAUCGUAAUUGCGUCUGGACACACGUGCCUUUCAAAACUUGAUUCCCUCAACACUACAAUGGCAACCAGAGACGAUGAGACUAAAGCUGCAUGGCAGCAAAUCAUAGACCGCGUUCAGAGCUCGCUGGACCAGAACCUGCAUUUGGAGAGAUUGAAUGCCGGGUACAGCCCUGAAGAAACCCAGAGACUACUUGCUAGCCUAGAAGGCCUUGUUGUCUCAAUAAGUGAACACUUGGUACGGUCUGAGGCAAGAGUGGCGAACCAGGGGAAACCUAGCCAGCACGAUGAACAAAAUGACGCAGCAGCAUCUCUGCAAGACAAGAUUUUGCAGCUGGAGAAAGAAGUCUCGAAAACUACCGAUCUUCAGAAAAGAUGGCAUUCUGAUAUUCAAAUAGUCGACUCAAUUAGAUCAAAGUUGAGAACCCUUCAACAGUUGCCAUCGCAGAUUGAUGGAUGUAGCGAGCAACUGGCAAAAUUUUCACGAGUCAGCAGCAUGCUUGAUUCUGCAUCGACUGAUCUUGGAAUACAGGAAACUUGGGUUAAACAACAGUUGGGAAUCAAUCUCCCUCAGGCUAAUAGCAAUGUGGUCACUCCGCCACGGACUAUAGAUCAGCUUCAACCCGGUCAACUAAUGGAUCCAAACUACAACCAGAGCGAAAACUCAAAAAACGACAGAGUAAUGAGUACUGAGAAUGAUGAGAUUCUUACAACCCAGAAUAGCAAUUCAGAGUUCGGGCCAAAGAGAGUUCAAGUUCAAAGCCCUACUGAAGCUCACUCUCCCUCGUCACCACCUUCCAUUGAACAGGAGCAGAAGCGACGAAGAAUUGCGAUGGCAGUGCGUCCCAUUUUGAAGGCAAAUAGCUUAUUCUCAUCGCAAGAAUCGAUUACUGCGCAGCACCAGAGCAACGAAACCGAAACCGAAUUAGGCCCAAUACUAGAGAGUAGAAAGACAACCACGACUAUCAGCAGUGCAAGUGCGGCCAGUCAGAAAAUAAUAGCUGAUAUCUCUUCUGGUUUCGUUACAGACAAGUCAGAAGAGACUUUCUUUAAUCUACCAAGAGUUACAGACUUUCAACCCCAUCUCAAGGUUGUACCCAGUCAAGUCAUAUCGCAGAAACGCAAGUUCAAGCUAGAUGGCGGCGAAUGUCCAAAACUCAAGCGCGUCAAAUUGAUAAGUGAUUUGAAGAAUGAAAUAAGUAUCGAGGACCCAGCGAUGGGUUUGUCGAAGGACAAAGACCUGGAAGGCACCAAAACCCGUCACUAA